UGCUGCUGUAGUACGCGUAGAGGUAUACCUAUUAUAAUAACGGUAUAGAUACAGAAUCGACUUGUCAAUUGACGGAGUAACAAGUGCGCUACCUCAGAUGAAGAUCAUCCGUCCACUGUUAUAAUUAUUCGUCGCCCAUGCAGCUCGAAGAUCGACGAAAGACUCAUCGCUGCGCAGAGUCCCACCGAAGAUUCGGAUCCAUACGUUUUAUUGAAAACGUGAUGGAUCUUGUUUUCAAUUUGGUGGAUCCCUGCUGCGGGCUUCGCGUCACGGAACCCUCACGGAAUAGCAAUGAGAACAGCGCUCGGUCAGCUAGCCGGUGGACUCCCAGCCCUGCACGUCCCUCAGCAGCUCCGAAAAACUAUAAGAUCCACCUCAUGUGUGUGCUAAAAAUCACAAACUCCUCCGAAAAAAAUACCGUCAUUGACGAAUGUAUAGAGAAUUAUCGAAAUAAAAUGGGAAAAACAUGUUUGUUCUAG